GUUUUCCAAAUACAGGCAGCGUAUCGCCAUCUAGUGGGUAUUUGCUACUACUUAACGUUUAUUCAAUACAACAAACAGUCGAUGUCGCUCUAUGUCUCUUGAUAUUCUCAUCAAUAUUAAUGCCUGUUCCUAUGGUUUGUUUUUGUUGAAGAUUGAGUUAUUUAAUAAACGAUUGAGAAAUAUGGAACAAGUACAAAUAAAAUGUUCUGUUUGUGAUAAAGAAUUUUCUCAGAGAAAAAGCGUUUAUGUUCAUUUGAGGAAUGUGCAUAAAAUCGAACGAUUGGUACCAGAAUUGAUACAUCCAGCGUUUGAUUGCGGAAAUUGUAACAAAAAGUUCCUGUACAAGACAUGUCUAGUGAGGCAUAUAAAAUCUUGCUUUUCGUCAGAAAACAAGAACAAUAAAAGCUGUCUGAGAGUGUUAACUCCAGGAAAUAGACUGAUUUGUCCCCAAGAAGAUUGCGGCGAAAAAUUUUUAAAAUACGUAAAUUUGCGUCAACAUUUGAUGGUACAACAUGAUACUAACAUCGAAUUUGAAGAUUUGACUUUUAAUUCUACUUCAGAUUUUAAAAAAUGGAAAGACCAAGUUGAACAGGAGACGCAAUCCCAUUACACACUGGACACAGGUCUGAGACCAUUGAUAAAUGGAACAAGUAAAAAAACGUACAAUUGUCACCGAUCGUACACCAAAAGGGGCAAAAGUAAAAACAUUCGAACUUAUUUAACUACCAAAAUGGGUAGGGCUUGUCCAUCAAGGAUUGAAGUAAUCUUUGAGAACGAUGAGCAGUCUACGUUAUCAGUAAAGUUUUGGAAAACACAUUGCGGUCAUACGGAUAAAAUUGGACGAGUUAAUUGUAACGAAUUCGGUGGUGGUAGAAUUAAGUGCGAAGUCUGCAAGAAGAUUUUCUUCAUGCGGCCGCAUUUCGAAGCACACCUUUGUAAAGGAAAAGCGAAAAGCAAAAUACCAUGUCCAAAUUGCGAGAAGACGUUCUCGUCGACGUAUAAUUUGAGAAGACAUUUGCAUUGUCACUUGAAGAUAAAACCAUUCGAAUGUCAUACUUGUAAGAAGCGAUUUCCCCACAUCUACAACUUGACCAGACAUCUCUUAACUCAUCACACAAACGACAAGCCGUUUAAGUGCAAAGUUUGCAGUAAAUCGUAUUUACAAGCCGAUAUUCUCGAGGAACAUACGAAAUCGUGUCGGAAACCGUUCAAAUGUGAUCAUUGCGAAAAAACGUUUACCCGAAAGUAUUCCGUCUUCGUGCACAUUAAUUGUGUUCAUAAACGUGAUCCAAAAGUUUCAGAUAGUGCAAAAGUAACAGGAACUAGUAACAUUACCACAGAAAAUACUGUUAGACCUGUUGAAGUAAAGACAGAAGAAAUAUUUACUGCAAUUAAUGAACCUCUUGUUAAGUUUGAGGCGACAUCUGUAGAACUAAGUGAAAUUAUUGUACCAAAAGAAGAACUUAAGGAAGAGUAUUGUGAAAUAGGCGAAAAUUCCGCUGAAGCCUUUGCUUAUCUCACUGCUGAAAUCGACCAAGACCCUGAGGCUUAUAAAGUUAAAGAAGAAUCCAUAGAGUUCUAACAAAUAGAGACAGGUAUGGAACAGCUACGAAUAAAAUGUUCUGUUUGUGAUAAGUUCCUUGCUAAG